CACCUCCUUAGGUCGGAGUCUUCUCCAGCAGUACAGGCAAAGAGGGGCCAGAGAUGCCAGAAGCAGCAGGACCCAGACACCCAACAGCAUGGCCCGGAUGCUUAUGAACAGGGCCUGGGGACAGAGGAGUAAAGCUUCUGUUUUGUUCAAUGCCACAUCUGUGGUGACAGCAGUCAAGUUUGGGGCAGAAUAGGUGACACUCUUUUUGAUGGACAGCCUUUCUCUUGUCCACUGUCUGGAAUCUCCCUGCCCACCGCCUGCUGCCGCCACCCUGCACACCCACCUUCAGCAUGUUCAGCAGGUCCUCAGCUCUAGGUCGGCUCCUCCCAGGCCUGCUCUGCUUUGUGGCUGCCAGAAGACAGCAGCAGGCACGAUGACCCAAAACAUGGUGACUCUGAAUGGAGUCGAUGUGGCCUCCACGCUGCCGCAGCCCACCCACAUCAACAUCCACAUCCACCAGGAAUCGGCUUUGGCACAACUGCUAAAAGCUGGAGGUUCCCUGAAGGAGCUCUUUUCUCGCCCUUGGGACAGUGGCCCUUCCAAGGCCAGGAAAAGCUAUGGGCAGCUGGCACUAGGGGUGACCCAGAUAUUGCUGGGGGCUGUAAGCUGUGCGCUUGGAGCGUUUCUCUACUUUGGACCCUGGACCGAGCUGCGUGCCUCAGGCUGCGCCUUAUGGGCAGGGUCUGUGGCUAUUACAGCAGGAGCUGGGACCAUUGUCCAUGAGAAGCACCGGGGCAAGCUUUCAGGCUGGGUGUCAGGUCUGCUCACCCUGGCUGGCGUUGCCACGGCUGUGGCUGCUGUUGUCUUCUGUGUGAAUAGCUUAACCUGGCAAAGUGAUGGCUUCGUCUACAUCGACACUGUGUGUGAUCCCCCAGCCCCUACCUUCACAACCACUGGGUAUAGAUGGAUGCAAAGAAGCUACGGCUCAAGCUGGAGAGAGGACUAUUGCAAAGUCUACAUGCAAAUGCUGAUGAACUUGUUCCUAGGAAUUCGUGCUCUGCUCCUGGCUGUCUGUGUCCUGCAGGUCAUUGUAUCCUUGGCUUCCCUGGGUGUGGGUCUUCAAAGCUUAUGUGGCCAGAGCUCCCGGCCCCUGGAUGAGGAAGGGUCAGAAAAGAAGCUCCUGGGGGAGAAUUCAGUGCCUCCUUCCCCGUCUAAGGAGAAGACCACGGCUGCCAUCAUCCUGUGAGCUGCCAAAGACCCUGCCUGGAUCCCCACAUGUCCCUGCGGAGUAGCCCAGGGUGCUCCCCCGGGCCCAUCGCUGCCCUGUCCCUCAUACUUGCCUCUCCUUUGGCCACUGUCCACCACCUCCUCCUCUCCCCAUCACCCUCACCUACCGUUCCCACUCCAGUGUCCUCAAUUCAAGGAACAGGUAUUGUCACAUUUUCCCCAAUGCUGAUUAAACAUAAACAACCAUGAAAAAUA